AUGUUAGUUUGGAAGAAACAUUUGUUUUCCAAUGGUUUUAUGUUAGAAAAAGAAUUAGAAGAACAAGCAAUUUCUGAAGAUUGGCACAUAAUGAUACCAGAUCUAAUAGUAUCACCUCUUCCGUGUUCAGAAAAUCAUCACUACAAAGAGAUAUAUCAUCAUCUCUAUUUCAUACAACAGAUAUGUUCCAAUAAUUAUGAAAGUAAUUCUGCAUCCUCUCCACCUUGGUCUUCAUACGAUCCGUAUGUACCUAAGGAGGGCGCUGCUGGUGGUCCGCCUUCAAAGACUGUAGAAAUUCAAAAAAAAAUUGAUGAUACAGUAGAAGUUAUACGUGAUAAUCUUAAAUUUGUUGCUGGAAGGGGAGAGAAAUUAGAUAAUUUACAAGAUAAAACUGGUAAUUUAUGUUGGAAAGUAAAGAUUCUAUUAAAUAAUUUAGCAAUGUCUUCUCACUAA